AUGAAAUCAUUACGAGAGUAUUGUGAAAUAGCAAUUAUGAGAAAUCAUAAACAUAUCACGAAUUUUGGGUCAAUGCCUUUUUAUCUACUUGAAAAUGUUCUAAGAUUAUUUAAACCCGAACAAUUGACCUCUGUGGAAGAUAAAUCACCGUUAUUGAUACUCGACGAUGAUCAUCUAUGGUAUAAUUUUUUAAAAACACAAUACCCCACAACAGUUCAUGAUUUAUAUACAUCAAAGAGAGAAAUAGUAGUAAAUUACUAUAAGAAUUUCAUUAAGUCAAACAUUUCAGAUUAUCAUAAUUUUGGAUUUAUAAGUUUAGAUGAGUUAAUUGACUUAAAGAUUAGACAUCUCAUCCAUAAAGAAAAUGGCCAAUGCAGAUAUAGAAUUCCUUACAGGAAAUUAUUCUUCAAAUAUAGAGCUGAAGAGAUUAGGAAGCAAGAGAUGUCCGCAGAAAAAUUACGAUCACAAAUGCAGCAGAUUAAAUUAGAGAGAGAAAAGAAACAAACUGUUAAGGUUGAUUCAAGCUUUUUUGAAAGAAAUUAUAAAAGAAAUACUAAAGGGUUAGGUGCUGUUGGUAGUAUAUAUGGUUCUAACCACUCUAAAUUAUUUAUCCAAUCGAUAAAAGCUCAUGACUCAAGAUCAAAAAUUUUUAAAGGCCCAAGGCAUGAUUUCACCCCAAUAGCAUCACGAAAAAAACAUUCCCCCACAUCUCCUUAUCUACAAAACUCUUCCUCAGAUACAGCUACAUCUGCAUCUGAUAGCGAUAUCAAAAUUUCAUCAGGAUCGCCUCCUAAAUUAAUGGGAUUUCGUUCUUACAAUUCAACUACACUGCCACCUAAUAAAGAUACUAUUAUUAUAACAGAUGCUAUAAAACCAAAUACUUCAUCGCAAAAUAAUAAGUCUGCUAAUAAGUUGCCUUCCACAUUAGAAUCCAAAGAUGCAGGAAAACAACCUUCUAAACGGAUACCCAUUAAACGGCCAAAUAAUGAUUCUCCUAGCAUAUUUUUGAAGAAAAAGAAACCUGAUCUGUUAAAGCGAUGUCGACCAACUCCUCCCCAUAAUCAUUCUUCCUUAUUAUCUCAUACCAACAAAAAAAUUAUCACACAAGAGAAAAAUUCUGAGCCAAAUAUAAUUGAUACAAAUAUAUCCUCAGAACCAAUGUUCCCAAAUAAGACAACAAAGCAAUCCGACGUAGUUCAAGAAAUAUAUGGUACACAAGAUCCAAAGAAGAAAAGAAUAGAUAUAAUGCAAUAUAAGAAAAAAAACAGGAUCUUUUACCUAUUAAUUCGUCAUCAACUUCUGGCCGCCCAUCAUUAA